UUGAGAUGCCUUGAUCAGGACUACAAUUUAAGGUAGUGGAACUUAAUUACCGAGACUGUGUGUGGUUAGAAAGAAGUGUCGAAAGAGGUGGUGAUGGUUUUUUAUUAUACCGGGAAACGUGAAAGGAUUCUUGUUGCACGCGAUAGAUAAAAACUACCAAAGAAACUGAAAACUUCAAAGUUGGAACACUGGAAACGUAAGAAAUUAUGCAUUCCCAUAAAGCCAACAUGGACUCGUUAGAGCGUUUAAUGCGUGCGGCCCCAUUACCGCCUAGUCUGCCCGGAACAAAAGGACAACAACGUGCCCUGGUUCAUGCCUCGUUGGCGUCCGCGGUCGGUCGUAAGGGACGCCAUUUAACCGGUACGUUUUGUUUAACGGGCGAUACAAUGGAAGGCAUUAUCCAGUGUUUGGUGUUCCUUAAAGCUUUUUCGCUCGUCGGUGGUGAAUUCGACAUGGAAUUAAAUUUUGUAAUUCAAGAUGCACAAAAUAUAAAACAUAUGCUCGAAUUACUAGACCAUUGUCCACCUAACUUGCAGGCUGAAAUAUGGAGCGUUUUCAUAGCCAUAUUACGAAAAAGCGUACGAAAUCUUCAAGCUUGCACGGAUGUAGGUUUAAUUGAACACGUCCUAGUAAGGUUGCAACGUUCGGAAACCGUAGUGGCAGAUCUUCUAAUAGAAAUGCUUGGCGUUUUGGCCAGUUAUAGUAUAACAGUCAAAGAGCUAAAAUUACUGUUCGGAGCCAUGAAAGCUGUUAACGGCAAAUGGCCCCGACAUUCUGCCAAACUUCUGAACGUACUUCGGCAGAUGCCACAUCGAAAUGGUCCCGAUGUGUUUUUUAGCUUUCCAGGUCGCAAAGGAUCGGCCGUUGUAUUACCUCCACUAGCUAAAUGGCCGUAUGAAAACGGUUUCACGUUUACGACGUGGUUUCGCCUAGACCCAAUCAAUUCCGUGAAUAUUGAACGGGAGAAACCUUACUUAUAUUGCUUUAAAACAUCGAAAGGUGUUGGUUAUACAGCACACUUUGUUGGCAAUUGUCUCGUUCUAACCUCGAUGAAAAUUAAGGGAAAAGGAUUCCAACAUUGUGUCAAAUAUGAAUUCCAGCCUAGAAAGUGGUAUAUGAUAGCAAUAGUGUAUAUUUACAAUCGUUGGACUAAAAGUGAAAUAAAGUGCCUCGUCAACGGACAAUUAGCGUCUAGUACGGAAAUGGCUUGGUUUGUUUCGACAAACGAUCCAUUCGACAAAUGUUACAUUGGUGCAACACCAGAAUUGGACGAAGAACGUGUCUUUUGUGGUCAAAUGUCGGCCAUUUAUCUAUUUAGUGAAGCUCUAACAACACAACAAAUUUGCGCCAUGCAUCGAUUAGGACCCGGUUACAAGUCACAAUUUCGUUUCGACAACGAGUGCUAUUUAAAUUUGCCGGACAAUCAUAAGCGGGUGAGUGUACUAGAGGACGUAAGUGGUACAGAUCCGCUAUCCAUUGGCGAUCUGGUCACUAGUGAUCCUUUUAAUCCUGUUGGAGCAAUAGCCACAGAAACGACCAGUACUUCGAAAGAUGUAACGGCAACUGGUAGCGUAGCGUCGGGAUCGGUAACGCCUGUUGUUGGUAGUGGACGGAAAAUGAGUAACGUUGCGCCAUCGAAUUUGGCAAACGCUACUCCAGCAGGUGCUGCUUCGUCCAUCAGUGCCACUAGUAGUGAUGAACUUAAUUUGCGAUCAGUUCUUUAUGACGGGAAACUAUCGAAUGCAAUUGUGUUUAUGUACAAUCCAGUUGCGACUGAUGGCCAGCUAUGCUUACAAUCAGCCCCCAAAGGCAAUGUUUCAUAUUUUGUUCACACACCGCAUGCCCUUAUGCUACAGGAUGUCAAAGCUGUUGUUACACAUUCCAUUCAUUGUACAUUGAAUUCUAUUGGCGGAAUUCAAGUCCUGUUUCCGCUGUUCUCCCAACUCGAUAUGCCCUACGACGGAUGCAGUGAUGUCAAGCGGGAUCCCACGUUAUGUUCGAAGCUAUUGGGUUUCAUAUGCGAGCUGGUGGAGAGCUCCCAAACCGUUCAACAGCAUAUGAUUCAGAAUCGUGGAUUUCUAGUCAUUUCAUUCAUGUUGCAAAGAUCUUCACGUGAGCACUUAACGCUGGAAGUCUUGGGCUCGUUUUUAAACCUAACGAAAUAUCUAGUUACCUGUUUAUCAGCAAAUAGUGAUCUCCUUUUGAAACAGUUGUUUUGUUUUUCAUUCCUCACAUGGCAGCUCCUCGAUCACGUGCUGUUCAACCCCUCGUUGUGGAUAUACACGCCGGCCAAUGUGCAGGCUCGCCUAUAUUCCUACUUGGCAACCGAAUUUCUAAGUGAUACACAGAUUUACAGUAAUGUUAGACGUGUUAGUACCGUUCUACAAACAGUCCAUACGCUUAAGUUUUACUAUUGGGUUGUGAAUCCACGUACCAAAAGUGGAAUUAUUCCAAAAGGUUUAGAUGGACCACGUCCGGCACAAAAAGAUAUUCUGGCGAUACGUGCUUAUAUCCUUUUGUUUCUUAAACAACUUAUUAUGAUUGGGAAUGGCGUGAAGGAGGAUGAGUUGCAGAGCAUUCUAAAUUAUUUAACAACAAUGCAUGAGGAUGAAAAUCUUCAUGAUGUCCUACAGAUGUUAAUAUCCUUAAUGUCCGAGCAUCCGAGCUCAAUGGUACCUGCAUUCGAUGUUAAACAUGGCGUUAGAACUAUAUUUAAAUUAUUGGCCGCCGAGAGUCAAUUGAUUAGAUUACAAGCGUUAAAAUUAUUAGGAUUCUUUUUAUCACGGAGUACACACAAACGAAAAUAUGACGUUAUGUCGCCGCACAAUUUAUACACACUACUAGCCGAGCGUUUAUUACUUUAUGAAGAAUCGUUGUCGCUGCCGACAUAUAAUGUCCUUUAUGAAAUCAUGACCGAACAUAUUUCGCAACAAAUCCUGUAUACAAGGCAUCCCGAGCCCGAGAGUCACUAUCGUCUCGAAAAUCCAAUGAUCCUUAAAGUAGUUGCUACCCUAAUUCGGCAAUCGAAGCAAACGGAGCAGCUAAUCGAAGUAAAAAAGCUGUUCCUUUCCGAUAUGACAUUGCUCUGCAACAGCAAUCGUGAAAAUCGACGAACCGUUCUACAAAUGUCCGUUUGGCAGGAGUGGCUUAUUGCAAUGGCAUACAUUCAUCCGAAAAACAGUGAAGAACAGAAAAUAUCCGAUAUGGUCUAUUCGUUAUUUCGCAUGCUCCUUCAUCAUGCUAUCAAAUACGAAUAUGGGGGAUGGCGCGUUUGGGUCGAUACCCUCGCCAUCGUCCACUCGAAGGUGUCUUAUGAGGAGUUCAAGCUUCAGUUCGCUCAAAUGUACGAACAUUACGAACGUCAAAGGACUGACAACAUCACAGAUCCUGCCCUUCGCCAGGCUCGUCCAAUCAGCACGAUAAGCGGUUGGGACCGGGACCGCGAUGACCGUGAGGAUCACAUCGAUGACCAUGCCCUUCAGACACCGAGCGACCGACUUGCGAUUGAGAAAGCCAGUGAUUCGAAAUCAACGCCUGAAGUGACGCAUUCCAGUAACAAAGUAAACAAAAAUGAACAAUGCAGCGAGGAGGAGAUAAAUAUAGAAAACCUUAAAUGUGCCUGUGAUGAUGACAAUGAACCUAAAGACGGUAGCAAGCCUUCCGCUUCAGAAGCUACAGCUACCAGUGUGUCAAACAUUAGUGAUGUAUAUAAUGCACAGAUUAAAAACGAAAUAGUGUGCAAUGGAGCAGUCGGAGAUAGUGAACCGACAACGGAAGAUGAAAAAUCUCCAGCCAAGGAAAGCAAAGAACCCCAGCAACCCAGUAAGAAUAAUUCUGAAGAAAUCCUGAAAAAAUCACUGGAAAUCGACACUUUCCUGGCCGAGGAAGAGGCAGACGCCGCGAAUCCUCUCGAUGCCCAGUCAGUUGUCGAUGAAGUUAUGCAAAAGCCUGAAAAAAUGUUGGAUGAUUGCAAGCAAUUCCUGGACGAGACCAGAUUGGAAAACGAGACGGCAUCGCCAGUCAUAAAAGACGAGGAAAUUGAAUUGGCUGUAAAUGAAGUUGUGAAAGGUGUCCUUAAAACGUCGACAGAGAAAAAGUCGUCUUUGACGACGUCCGCAGCAUUGCCGAGUGAUGCGGCUACAACAGAUAGCAAAUGUCCUCCAGGAGAGAAUAUCAAGGCAACCGAGGAGGAAAGUAACGUGCCGGAUGGUCACGAGGAGAACUUAGUCAACAACAACCUUAGCGAUAGCAAUUUAACCACUACCACGGCGACUAGCAACAAAUUGAUAGAUACCAUUAACAUUGAUAAUCAAAAGACUGAUUUAACAUUAUCAAGUGCAAUAAUUACAAAUAUUAAUAACAAUAAUAAUAACGGUAGUCCAACUAGUAAUAGCGGCGAAAGUAAGGACGCGGAUAUUAAAGAAAUCAUCGCGGAAAUUGUAAACGAUGUAAUCGACAAGUGCAUUGAGGAGAGCAAUAACAACACCAUCACCACUAGCGUAGAUAGAGAAAGCCUUGUGGGGGCUGAGGGUGAAUCUGCUCCCGAAAAUAGCAGUCCUGAACACGAAGCUCUCCAGCUGCAUGCGAAGGAAGUGGUCGAGGAGGUUCUUAAGAAUGCCGUCGACACCGCAGCCUCCAAGAUUGAAGAGGAAUGCAAUGAAACCAUCGCUAAGAGCAUUGUUGAUGAAAUCGUAGAUAGCUGCGUGAGAGAUACCGUUCAAGAGCAGCCUUCCGACACAGCAGCCACCAGUCAUGUGAAUGGAAAUGCUAGAGAUAUGGAUGACGCUUCGUUAAGCCCCUCGCCAGCCAAGGAGCCUCCUCCCCCGCCCGGUGAGGACCAACCAUCACAGAUUAGGAAGUCACAAAGCACGUCUACCAGUACGCAAUACGAAAAUGCACAUUACGAACACAAGCGAGUCAAAUCGGGAUCAACGCGACCCAUGUUCAGCCCAGGACCGACACGUCCGCCAUUUAGGAUACCAGAAUUUAAGUGGUCGUACAUCCACCAACGUCUCCUCUCCGAUGUCCUGUUCUCUCUCGAAACUGAUAUUCAAGUGUGGCGAAGUCAUUCGACUAAAAGUGUCCUUGAUUUCGUCAAUUCCAGCGAAAAUGCUAUAUUCGUUGUCAAUACAGUUCAUUUGAUAUCUCAAUUGGCGGAUAAUCUCAUUAUUGCCUGCGGGGGACUGUUACCCUUGUUGGCUAGCGCAACAUCCCCGAAUUCCGAGCUUGAUGUCCUCGAGCCUACGCAAGGCAUGCCCCUCGAAGUGGCCGUUUCGUUCCUGCAGCGGCUCGUUAACAUGGCCGAUGUACUCAUUUUUGCUACAUCCUUAAAUUUCGGUGAACUCGAGGCCGAGAAGAAUAUGUCCAGUGGCGGAAUCCUACGUCAGUGCCUGCGAUUAGUUUGUACGUGUGCCGUGAGAAAUUGUUUGGAAUGUAAGGAGCGCACCAGAUACCAUAAUGGAGGCAUAGCACGCGAUGUUCCAGGAGCAGCACAUUUGCAGGCUCUAAUUCGUGGUGCACAGGCCUCUCCCAAGAAUAUUGUUGAAUCAAUCACCGGUCAAUUAUCGCCUGUCAAGGAUCCUGAAAAGUUAUUGCAGGAUAUGGAUGUUAAUCGAUUACGAGCCGUAAUAUAUCGUGAUGUGAAACGAAUGUUUCAGGAGGAGACGAAGCAAGCCCAAUUCUUAUCGUUAGCGAUUGUGUACUUUAUCUCCGUGUUGAUGGUUUCCAAGUAUCGCGACAUCCUUGAGCCACCGGCGGAACCGCAAAUCAGAUCAUCCCCCGUUGCUCAAAGAGCUGCAACAGCAUCAGAGUCAACAGCUAGACCUUUAUUCCCCCAAUGGUCGCACCACGUCUACCCUCAAUUUUUGCCUGGAUCGCAUCCAAACCACCCACAACACAGCCAUUACCAUUACUCGCAACAGCAACAACAGUCUGCGUUUCAGCAACAACAAAUGCAACACAAUCAUCAAUUCCACCAUCAGCAUAAUCAUCAUAGUCAUCAAUCAUCAUCAUCUUCGUCGUCCCCGCCCGCCGUGCCUCCGUCGCAGGCAGGACUUAUUCACCAUCACAAGCAGCAAUCUGGUCAGCAACCCUCGAACCCUCGCCUGGAUCAUUCCCUGGGCUCACACCAGCCGCCACAAUCGCUAAACGGUCACAGUGGAAAUCUCCACAUGUUAAUGAAUUCAUCCCUGACGAACGGAACUAACGGGGGAGGAAAUGGCGGUGGUAGCUCCUCAAGCAAUGCUAGCACUAAUGGCAGCGGGGGCACAAUCAUAAAUAUGUCGGGUAACCCUGGACACCAGUCCUACGGGCACUACAUCCACAAUAACCAUAGCACGGCUUAUCAGAACGAUUUGAAUACAAAUUAUUAUUUGAGAGGCGCCAACGGCGGAAACAACAUGGUGGACAGUGGUCACACCAUCAUGAGUAGUUCCGGUAUGAACAACUCGGGCUACAUGAGAGGUCGAAACGGACUGAGUGGGGGUACGACGGGCGGCGGAGUCGGCAUCGGUCCCAUGAACAAUGGAGGCGGCGGUGGUGUCGGAAUGCAUCUUAAAAAUAAUGGACUCAGCAAUAACUAUCGCUUUAGGAACAACACAGGUUCGCGAACGAUCCAAGAUGGCGAUUAUGAGAUAAUUGUCGUUGAUGAGAACAAUCCAUCCGUCCUGGCUGACAACGACUCCCAUUCCAGUGGUCCUCCGUCAAUAAAGAUUAAGCGAUCAUCGUUAAGUGACAACAUUCAGCCCUUGUCGCCACCAAAGCCGGUUCCGCAUCGAAAAUUGAAAAAGAGUGUCGAUUCUGAUGUGGCAUCACUCAACAUGAACUCUACUGAAAAUGAAGUUCCAGAAGUGGAAUCAUCCAGCGAAAUAAUGGUGGACGACAACAAGCCAACAAACUCGAACGACGAAAGUUGGACGGACGUGAACCUAAACGAAGAUGGCAAUGAGAAGAUCCGCGACAUGGAAGGAAACAUCCAUCACCUAAGCGGUGAACGCGGCGAUAAGCCCGACUCUGAAAUUUCUGUCGUUCGUGUUCCAGAUAACUUUGGUGCACCGGGAAAUCGAAAUCGACCCGAGGAAAUUUCCAUUAAACCACCUCUGGUUAGUGAACUUCCUAUGACCACACCUUCGCGUGAGGCGAGCUUAACGCAAAAAUUGGAAAUUGCCUUGGGACCUGUUUGUCCACUGCUCAGAGAGAUUAUGGUCGACUUUGCCCCAUUCCUGUCUAAAACGCUAGUUGGGUCACAUGGCCAGGAACUCCUAAUGGAAGGCAAAGGUCUGACGACCUUCAAGAACAGUCAUUCCGUUGUAGAGCUUGUCAUGUUGCUGUGCUCGCAAGAGUGGCAGAACAGUCUACAAAAGCACGCAGGAUUAGCGUUCAUAGAGCUCAUAAAUGAAGGUCGCCUUUUGUCGCAUGCUAUGAAGGACCACAUAGUGAGAGUUGCGAACGAGGCAGAGUUCAUUUUGAACCGCAUGCGAGCUGAUGAUGUCCUCAAACACGCCGAUUUCGAAUCCCAGUGUGCUCAAACUUUGAUGGAACGCAGAGAAGAGGAACGAAUGUGUGACCAUUUGAUAACUGCCGCGCGAAGACGCGAUAAUGUGAUUGCCAGUCGCCUACUAGAAAAAGUGCGGAAUAUAAUGUGUAACAGACACGGAGCAUGGGGUGAUGCCAGCGGCAGUACGACUAAACAAGUAUACUGGAAACUAGAUGCUUGGGAAGAUGAUGCCAGAAGGCGAAAACGAAUGAUCCAAAAUCCGAGAGGAUCAAGCCACCCACAAGCAACUCUGAAAGCCGCUCUAGAAAAUGGCACUCCCGAAGAUGCAAUAUUACAAACAAGAGACGAAUUCCAUUCUCAAAUUGCCGUAACCAGAUCACACCAACCGUCUCAGCAAACAGCAGAUCUUCUGGAUGAUGCUGAACUACUUAUCGAAGAUCGCGAACUCGAUCUCGACGUAACAGGCCCAGUUAACAUUAGCACGAAAGCCAAGCUGAUUGCGCCUGGUAUCAUAGCUCCUGGAACAGUGUCGAUUACUAGUACCGAAAUGUUUUUUGAAGUCGAUGAAGAUCAUCCAGAAUUCCAGAAAAUUGACCCAGAAGUCCUUAAAUACUGCGAUCAUCUCCACGGAAAAUGGUACUUUUCGGAAGUUAGGGCCAUCUUUUCGCGUCGCUAUCUCCUACAAAAUGUUGCAAUAGAAAUCUUUUUGGCAAGUAGAACUUCUAUCCUAUUCGCUUUCCCCGAUCAACACACCGUGAAGAAAGUGAUCAAAGCCUUGCCGAGAGUCGGAGUUGGCAUCAAGUAUGGCAUACCGCAAACCAGACGAGCUUCAAUGAUGUCUCCGCGCCAGCUUAUGAGAAAUUCAAAUAUGACACAGAAAUGGCAGAGACGAGAAAUUUCAAACUUUGAGUACUUAAUGUUCUUAAACACCAUUGCUGGCAGGACAUACAACGAUCUAAAUCAAUAUCCCGUUUUCCCCUGGGUGUUGACGAAUUAUGAAUCGAAGGAACUAGAUCUGAGCCAACCGUCCAAUUAUCGUGAUCUUUCCAAGCCCAUUGGAGCCUUGAAUCCUAGUCGACGAGCUUAUUUCGAAGAACGCUAUGAAAGCUGGGACAACGAUACAAUCCCUCCAUUCCACUAUGGAACUCACUAUUCUACGGCUAGUUUUGUGUUGAGUUGGUUAGUAAGAGCUGAGCCGUUUACGACCAUGUUCCUAGCAAUGCAAGGUGGAAAGUUUGACUACCCCGACCGACUGUUCUCAUCAGUUAGUUUAUCAUGGAAAAACUGCCAACGCGAUACAUCUGACGUGAAGGAGUUAAUCCCCGAGUGGUACUUCUUGCCGGAAAUGUUCUACAACUCUUCAGGAUAUCGUCUAGGGACACGAGAGGAUGGCACUCUUGUCAAUGAUGUAGAGCUCCCGCCAUGGGCUAAAACGGCAGAAGAAUUCGUCCGUAUUAAUCGAAUGGCCCUGGAGUCUGAGUUCGUGUCGUGUCAACUCCAUCAAUGGAUUGAUUUGAUUUUCGGAUACAAGCAACGUGGACCGGAAGCAGUGCGCGCCACUAAUGUAUUCUACUACCUAACCUACGAGGGAAGCGUCGACUUAGACGCCAUCACGGAUCCGGUUAUGCGCGAAGCGGUUGAAAAUCAAAUUAGAAAUUUCGGACAGACCCCGAGCCAAUUGCUCAUGGAACCACAUCCACCCCGAAGUUCGGCAAUGCACCUUUCCCCUAUGAUGUUUAGCGCGAUGCCGGACGAUGUUUGCAUGUCCAUGAAAUUCCACUUAAACUCGCCCAUUAUUCACAUCUCAGCAAACACGUAUCCUCAAUUAUCCCUUCCGUCCGUAGUCACAGUCACGGCUGGGCAUCAGUUUGCCGUGAACCGUUGGAAUUGCAAUUAUACAGCAUCCGUCCAGAGUCCUAGCUACGCGGAAUCGCCACAAUCACCUGGUGCUAAUUUACCUUUGACCAUGGAUCCGGUGCUAUCGCAAACAAACGCUCACAAUAAUCCGAUGAAUAGGAGGCAUUUGGGGGAUAAUUUCAGCCAGAAAUUGAAAAUUAGAUCGAAUUGCUUCGUUACCACCGUGGACAGUCGAUUCUUGAUUGCUUGCGGAUUUUGGGACAACAGUUUUCGAGUGUUUUCAACGGAAACAGCGAAAAUCGUUCAAAUCGUGUUCGGUCACUUCGGUGUUGUCACUUGCCUGUCGCGAUCCGAGUGCAACAUCACAUCGGACUGUUACAUCGCCUCUGGUUCUGCGGACUGUACUGUUUUGCUGUGGCACUGGAACGCCAGGACCCAGAGCAUUGUUGGAGAAGGAGAUGUUCCGACGCCCCGGGCUACUCUAACCGGUCAUGAACAGGCUGUAACUUCGGUAGUUAUUAGUGCUGAACUAGGACUAGUGGUUUCAGGUUCAAUAAAUGGUCCUGUGCUCAUUCAUACAACCUUCGGCGACCUCCUCCGCUCACUCGAUCCCCCAACUGAUUUCCUGUCUCCUGAAAUUAUUGCGAUGUCGCGGGAAGGCUUCAUAGUGGUCAAUUAUGAUAAAGGCAACGUAGCUGCUUUCACAAUAAACGGGAAGAAGUUGAGACAUGAGAGUCAUAACGACAACUUACAGUGCAUGCUGCUAUCACGGGACGGAGAAUACUUAAUGACUGCUGGCGAUAGGGGUAUAGUGGAAGUAUGGAGAACGUUCAAUUUAGCUCCGCUGUACGCCUUUCCAGCAUGCAACAGUGGAAUACGGUCAUUGGCACUGACACAUGACCAAAAGUACCUCCUGGCAGGUUUGUCCACGGGUUCAAUAAUUGUGUUCCAUAUCGAUUUCAACAGAUGGCACCACGAAUACCAACAGCGUUACUGAGUACUGCAGUGGUGAGGUAACGGAUAACUAAAAGUCAUCACAAUAAUGAUAAUGAAUUAAAGCUAAUCUAGCGUUAAUAUUAAAAUGAAGGCGAUAAAAUGUUUUAAAAACCGUGAACCGAAAACUAACUUAAGUGGCGACGGGACAGUUUCGCAUUAUGUACAUACUUUCCAGUAAGAUAUUAUCGACGGGAAUAAACUGCACGUACAUUAGUCCUUGUCCGGGUGUAGGCGUGCACUUGAUAGGAUAACUUUUAAAUACGAAAACCUCUAGAAACUGUCUAUCGUCAAAACGAAACGCAAAAACACGCGGAAAUGGAUCACCUCCAAAAUGAACAUAAACAGAAAACUUGCGGCCAAAUAUUAAAUACAAAUCACACAUUACUAAUUCUAAGUACUUAAAAAUAGAGAAUUAUUCGAAACAUUUGUUACAAUUUAAUGGUAGACGUAGUUAAAAACAUGAUAGCGGUAUUUAUAUUGUGGUGGGGGUUAUAAAAAUGUUUUAUUCGAAACCGUAAAUACACAUAGUUUGUACUUAAAACCACUUUGUUUCCGACUGGUGAGAGUGGAAAAGAGUUUCGUGACAAAUGCACUUAUAUUGAUAUUUACAUUUAUAUUUGACUAGGUAUUGAAAUUUUUAAGGUUUUUCUUUCCUUUUUGUGAAAUUUACACAUUUUCCAGUUUCGGUUUUAUUCGUUAUUCAAGCAAUUUGAUCUAGACAAUGUGCUUAACAUUCCCUCCUGUAAGAUAUGUAGUUGUCGUUGUUGUUUGUUUUAUGGUCCUGCAAUCUAAUUGCCAAGGAUCGCUUUCUUUCGGAUAUCAAACGGGAACCUCAUUAAUUCAACGACGGGUAAACUCGCCCAAAGUAGCGUCCCAAUGGAGUAAAUCACAACAAGUAAUAUUAAAUAUAAAGGAAUCUAGUAGACAAUUUCAUGCAACCUAAAAAGGAGUAACUCCGUAGAUGACAAUUGCAAGAUCCGCAUACGCUUCAAACAUAAAUAUGUACUUACGAAAAACCCUUAUUAGAUAACUUAUUCAACUAAAUUUCCGGAUAUGUACUUAGAAGUCUGCAUUUGAUAUUUCUUUUUCCAAAAAAAAAUGCAACCCUAUUGCCAAUUUAACGCAAUUCACGUAGAGAAAAUUUAGUCUUUAUGGAAAAUUAGAAAAUCUUUGUUUUGAUGAAAUAUUCAAGUGGCGGAAUCUGUUUACCUCGUUCGUGACACCGUUAAAACAUGUUCAAUGGAAAACUUUUAGGGGCGAAAAUUCAAUUUAUACAUAUAACAGAUACCUUAGUAAGGAAUCACACCGUACUUAUGAUGUAAAUAGUCAAGUUAAAGAGAUAACAAUAGAAAACCUUUUUAUAUUAAUAUUAGCUGCAAAUAAAUUGGCGGAAGUUAGGAGUUGGGAAAAAGAUUAAAGAUCACGACCUACCACAGAAAAGAAGGAAAUCUCCUUAAGGGUCAUCUGUCCCAUCUUCCUAGUCUGGCACUCUGUAUCAUAUGAUUAGUCUUAGCCGUUUCUAAGUGUGAGGGGAAUGGAUUCCAAUAUCACCAGAAUAUAUUAAGAAAGGCAAGGUUUUGUGACUGAAAAGAUUUGCACUGGUACAGAUAUGAUCAAUGCAAGCAAGCUUACCCCCCUAAAUUUGAAAUUGACUUUCGUUUCGUAACUUUAUUCAGCUAAUUUUAAACGCAUUUUGAGCCUUUCAUGCAAAAUAUUCGUACAAUUCUCUGUGACAACAUAUUCGCUAUUAGAAUUGAUCGACAAAGGAAUAAUGAUGUAGCGCAGAUAUCAAAGGGAAGUUUAAAGUCACGUAGAAUUUUUCGAAUGAACUUUUGUUUGCUUAUGGAACUUACCUACAUAUUUCACAUCCUUACCAAAUGCCAUAGAUGGAAAUGACAGCCAAAGAGGAGGGCUGGUUAUUGAGAAGGUGGAACCACAAUGUUCUCAGAAUAAUCAUAUUUUUCUACAAAUUGAGCAAGCCUUUACCUGGCAACAAUCAUCAAAAGAAUGAAUGGAAUAAGUUUUUGUCAAAAGAUGAGUAUUAUGUGCUCUACGUACCAUCAGUCGAGAGAAAAGUCAAUAUUUCCCUUUGUUUUUCUAGGGUCAUUUAAUUAAAGCAAUAGUCCUUAUAAAUUUUUCGAAAAUUAAAAGCCCAAUAUCAAAUUCGGACAUAUAUAGGCUUUGGAUAGCUGAUUCUAAUGCUCCGCAAUUAAUCCGAGCCUCUUUUUAGCUGCAGGGUGGGGUAGCUGAUUUCCCUCGUGAAUGCUGUGGGGUGGCUCUGAAGAUCUGAGCUGGCUGGACUCUGCUCCUUUGCUCUUAUCACAGCAUUCAUGGUCUUAGAAGUUUGUGGCAUCAAAACGGCACACCGCAGCGCUAAUUGGGCUCCUCUAAGCGGCCACUGACAUCUACCUCUUUUCGACGCCAAUUGAGUUCCAUUCCAGUAAAUAAUCAAAUCCCCCCUCUUUUCCCAGCACAAGACGCUUCCCAAAAACUAUAUUUUGUAUCUAUUUAAACAUUCCGCCAAUACGGAACCCGUAGGAAUGCAUGAACUGCGAAUUGAAAGGAAGGACCAGAACAAAGGAAAGGCGUUUUUUUGCGGAUACAACAAUUUGAAUUUCUUGACCUUUCUAAUUUUUGCAUAAAUGCAGUGGUCCGAAAUCAAAAUUUCUUUAAAGGCAUAUGUGCGUGUAUAAAUAAUUUUCUGCACCAUUCUGUCCAUAAUAGAUUAUUUAGCGAAUAAGGAAAUUAGCGCCAUGCAAAGCUGAAUUAUUAUGUAAAUAUCACUACCUUUUUAAUGUAGUCGUAUGCGACUAGCAACUUCAAGUGGAUGAUGGAUUUCCGAAGUGUUUUAUGUACUUAAAAAAUUAGAUAAAUUUCGUUUCUUCCUAGAAAGUACUUACACAUAAAUAUAGAGAAAACAUUUCCAUCCUUAGUCUCUUUAACAUAGUUGUUAUAUUUGGGUGAUGGUUUCUAAGAAUCGAUUAAAUAAGAAAGACCUUAGUUUUCGAUUAUUGUUUUCUGUUUUACCCGAUUUUUCCAUUUAGCCCUAUUUCUUAGCCGAAAUUUAUCAACAGAACCUGUCCUUAUGUGUAUAAUCGUUGUCCUUGAAUAAAUGAGAAAUUUUAAAAUCGAUUCAAAGCGUUCGGUCAAAAGUUAUUUUGUGAUUAGGCAUUUUGCGUGUCGAAAUAUUUUCUCCAUCCAUUGAAUUGUAUCGAUUCUUCUCUUAACUUUAUCGUAAGACAAGUAACUUAAGGAAAAUUGAAAAUAAAAUUAGAGAAAGAAAAAGAUUAACAAAAUUCCUUGAUACAUUACCAAAAGAAAAUUUGUAAAUCCUAUAAUUGCCAAGAUAAAUUAAAACAAAAAAAAAUACUAAUUAUGAAAUUAUGACUUAUAUUAAGAGGCAAAAAAUAAAAUAAACCUUAAAAAAAAUAUAUGCGCACGUCCUGCUUUCCCACAUGCAAAUAACAGAACUUAUUUUGAAGAUAAAGCAAAAAAUUCUUGGAGAAAAAAAUGAACUCUAGUGUGGUAUUGUAGCAUUUUUAUGCAUUAGCUAUACAAAAUGUUAAAAAGAAGCAAAAAAAAGGUAAAAAAAAUAGAAAUACUGCGUCGAAAUAAUCACAGCGAUUCAGAGAAGCAUUGCUUAAACCGCUCUGCAUUUUAAAUAAACUGAGAAAAAUACAGAAAAAAAUAAUAAAAAAAAAUGAAACUAGUAAAUAUUUUUUAAAAUGAUAAUGAUAUAAAUAACUAGUGUACUAAUAAGUUGCAUUUGCACUGAAUUAAAAAAGGAUACUUUGCAUAAAACAGAACACAUACUUACACGCAGCUAAUUAUAUAUAUUUUGUCAAUAAUGUUGAUAAUAUAUUUAAUAAUAUCAAAUUAAAGAAAAUGAGAAAAAAAUAAAUAAGAGGUAAUGGAAAAAAUGAGGUAAUGAAAACAUUAAGAGAAAUGCUAAUUUAAUUGAAAUGGAAUAAUAAAUAUUAGUAUAUAAGCGAGGAAGUAAAACAACAAAAUAUGUUCAAUAAAUAAUUUGAAUUAAAAGAAA